AUGGAGGUGAAGAUGCUCCGCCGGUCCCUGUGGAGUCACAGUUUGACCAUGUGGAACGUCAGGAAUGUGGACAGAGAAGAUGUGCACUUACUGCACAGGGUUCCAGUUCCAGGCGUCUGCAGGGUAUGUCGCUCUCGUAGGGAUUCGAUACGCCAGCCGGGUGUUUCCUACCUCUCGCCACUUAAGAAAGCCGAUCGUCCGCUCCCUGGCAUCAGCAUGGCGGGGAACAUCGUGGUCGGGAUGCUUUAUAACUUACUGCUACCGCUGCUUCUACUAACAGCGAUAGCAUUUCGCUAUAAUGGACUCUCCGUGGUGUAUCUGCUCUUCCUGCUGUCCAUACCUCUCCUACCGAGCCCGUCUCUGAGCACCAUGAAGGAAAGGACUGGUCUGUUCUUCCUGACCGUUUGCUCCACCAGUGUGACCUUCCUGGCUCUGCAGUGUGGGAUCCAGAUCACCUACGCCUACGUUACUAAAGACAUGAAUGAACCGCUGCAGACGUUUCUGUAUCAUCUUGGUAUCGUCAGGUUUAGUGAUAUAGACGCCGGGAACAUCGUUCGGCAUUUGCUGCCGGACUUUGGCAUGUUCGUGUCGUCGCUCUUCAUCCGGAAUUUGUGUAACAAGCUGCUGCAGCCGCCAGAGAAUAAUAAAGAGUCCAGCGUUCAGCUCUCUGAGACCGAGGACGGUGAGACGUCUGAAUCCGAGUCCGAGGAGGACAGCGACGCCUCGUCCGCCCUGAGCUCUGAGGAGACCAAGCUGCCCCCCUCUGGUCCUCCUCAGUUCGUGCAGAAGCUGAUUGUGUUUGCAGCUGGACUGAGGCUGCUGCUGUCCACCAUCAUGAACACGGCGGGGAGAGUGGUGGUGACCGUCCUGCUGGGACUGGCAGGUAUAGCUCUACCUUCCCUGACCUCAGCGCUGUAUUUCGGGACCUUCCUGAGCCUCGUGUGGUGUUGGGUGUUGGGUCACUCCAUCAGUCUGCUGCACUUCAGCACCUUGUGUAUGUUGAUGACCAUAUUCAGUGCUGGACACAUCGUGGUCCUGUACCUCUAUCAGCUGCCCCUGUUCCAGAUCAUCGUGCCUCCUCAGGACGUUUAUGUGAGGCUGUUUGGAAUGACCGCCUUCAUUCACACGAACUCGUCCCGACCGUACAGUCUGGGUCUGCAGGCGGACAUCAGCUGGCCCGUAAUAAUCAACCCACUGGUGUUACUGGUGCUCUACUACACACUGGUGGCUCUUCUGCAGAAAUGGGCCCCGCUGGUUACAGAGGAAAUGAGGAAACAGAACCAGAGUCCGGGAGGAGAUUCAGAACUUUACGUUAGUUUCUCAAAGAUAGUGGACGGUGAUCUCUUCUCAACAGGAACAUCAGAGGAUGUCAUGUUAUUAAACGGUACCUGGGAGAACCACAAUCCCGGGCUGGACUCUCAGUCUGAUGGUGGCUGCCCACAAUGCCUUGCUGUACCGGCGUACACCGAUCCUAACGAGUCUCACCGAUCCGAGGAUGUGGAUGAACAGGAAGUGAGCUGUAACACUGAAGACCUCGGGGCCGAUGCUGAACCCGGCGCAUUCACACUCCUCUGUCUGGCCAUCAUGAAGCACAGCUACAUCAGUGCUCUCAUCAUCAUGAUGGUGUGGAGCAUCACCUAUAACUCCUGGCUGACGUUUGCGUUGCUGGUGUGGUCGUGUCUGAUCUGGAUGUCGCGGCGGCGGCGUGAGUACACCAUGAUGAGCGCCCCGUUCCUCUCCGUGUACUGCACCCUGCUGCUGGUGGUGGGGUAUCUCAGCACCCUCCGUCUCCGCCGUGACGAGCUCUUCCCCACGUUCCCUGCGGCCGUGCUGGUGGAUUUCGACCUGUACGGGUAUCACACGCCCUGCCUGCACCUAGGGGCCAAGAUGUUUUACACCUUUAGUUUCUGGAUGUUACAACGACAGCAACUGAUUGAGAAGCAGGAGAAACAGAAUCAGGAGAAGAUGGACGAGAGUCUUUACAGUCUGCAGGACGUCAGCGACACGUUAAGUACGAGUUCAGUGCUCGAUGAGGACUCUUCCUCCUCUCUGGUGUCUGUACUGGGAUCGUUUAUUAAAUCCGUGUUGGUGAAGUACUGGAUCUUCUGCUGCUGCUCCAUGUUCUUCGUUAUUAGUUUUUCUGGGAAGGUGGUCGUCUACAAAAUCCUCUACAUUUGUCUGUUCCUCUUCUGCACCGUCCUCUACCAGGUGGAGUACGACCUCUGGCGACGUGUUCUGAAAUAUUUCUGGGCGGUGGUGGUCGGUUACUCCAUGCUGGUUUUGAUUCUCAUCUACAUGUACCAGUUCAAGACCGUCUCGGGUCUAUUUCGGCAAAUCAUAGGCAUGUCGGAGGAGGGGCUGCGUGAUCUGGGUCUGGAGCAGUUCGACACGGUGGAGCUGUUUGCUCAGAUUUUACUGCCGGCCGCUUUCCUCCUGGCGUGUAUCCUACAGUUACAUUACUUCAACAGCGACUUCCUGUCUCUCACCGACCUGCAGAACGUACCUGUGCACAAGGGGCCUUCCAGAGAAGAAGAGCUGAGAGAGGCGCUGAAGAUGAUGUCAGACACGAUUAAAGAGAACAUCGAGAAGCUUCAGCAGAAGCUGAUGAAGGACCGACUGGGCACAGAGGAGCCGCCGACCUCCGGCUCGAAGGAGAGCGUCUUAUUAAACUCGGAACAGGACGGGAAGGAACGGGAACACCGGGGACAGGAACAUGGGGAACAGGAACAAGACGAGGAGAAGGAUGGAGAUGAAGAACCUGAGAGAGAUAAACCAGGAGGAAACGAGGAGGAGGAGGAACCAGGAGAGGAGACAGAAGAUCAGGAAGCAGAAGAAAACAGAUGGAUGAUGUUGGUGGAUCAGAUCACUGAGCUCCUCCUGCAGGUCCUGAUGUUGGUCGGUAAAGCUCAGGAGCUCAGCUGGCGGCUCCUCGAGCUCCACAGCCUCAAAUUCGUUGCUGCGGGCAUCGUCUGGGUCAGUCUGAAAGAGGUCUCUUUGAUGAAUCUGGUGUUUCUGGUGUUGUGGACGUUCGCCGUGCCGUACCCGAAGCUGCAGCCCGUGGGCGCCACCGUGUCGUCGGUCUGGGCCGGGGUGAUGGUGGUGUGUAAGAUGAUGUACCAGCUCAAGUUCAUCAAGCCGCCUCAGUUUUCGCUGAACUGCACCGCCGAUCUGCUGAGUUCUAACCAGAGCCAGUACAGCGUGAACGUUCCUCAGCUCCUGCAGAGGUCGCUGUUGUACGUGGAGCCGGUGGAUCCGUCCCUGUGGGUCGGAGCUCUUAGGAAGUGUGGGGAUUCCAUCCUGCCCUGCCUUCAGAAUCAUCUCUUUAUUCUGGGACUCCUGGUGUUUCACGUCACCGUUCACCGCCACCAGCGCUUUAUCUCCCUCCACCUCAACCUGGAACCCUCUCCUAAAGGGACUAUUUUUCAGGGCGUGACGUGGCAGCACCUGGACGUCGGCAUCCUGCCCUGCCUCAAAUAUUUCUGCAACUAUUUAUUUUACAAGUUUGGCCUGGAGAUCUGCUUCGUGGUGGCGGUGAACGUGAUUGGUCAGCGGAUGGAUUUCUUCGCGCUCCUGCACUCCUUCGCUCUCGUGGUGGUGUUGGCGCGCCGGCGCAGGAAGGCCGUGGGCGAGAUCUGGCCGCGGUACUGCUGCUUCACCGCCGUGCUGAUGGUGGUUCAGUACCUGAUCUGUAUCGGCGUUCCUCCUGCCUUCUGCGCUGAUUAUCCGUGGAGAAAAUCGUCCAAGCCUCUGACGUCCAAUCAGAUUAAGUGGUUGUACCUGCCGGACUUCGCCAUGCAGCCCAACUCCACCUUCAUCUUCUACGACUUCCUGCUGCUGUUGGUGGCGUCUCUGCAGUGGCGGGUGUUUGAGGAUGAGAACAAGGCCGCGGUGAGGCUGGUGGCCGGAGAGAACGUAGAGAUCAGUAAGAGUCUGGAUCCUCGCUCGCUUAGCCAUUACACCGCCGUGGCUAACUUCCUGCACUGUCGGUCGUAUCUGGACAUGGUGAAGAUCUUUAUCUUCGGUUAUUUCUUCUGGCUGGUUCUCUGCCUGGUGUUCAUCACUGGCACCACUCGUAUAAACAUCUUCUGCCUGGGUUACCUGGUGGCGUGUUUUUACUUCAUGCUCUUCGGCGACACCGUCCUGCUGCAGCCGGUACGCUACGUGCUGCGGUUAUGGGACUGUCUGAUCGCCUACACCUGUGUGGUCAUCUGCUUCAAAAACCUGAUUUCGCUGGGAUCUUGUGCUUACCUGGACAGUCUGAUGAAGAAGGGCUGCUGGCUCAUUCAGGCAUUUAGCAUGUUCUGCACUAUUAAAGGUUAUGACGUGCCUAAAACUAACGAUGAGUGUGAGCUGCCGGUGGGCGAGGCCGGGAUCGUUUGGGACGCCGUUUGUUUUACGGUGUUAUUGGCUCAGAGGAGGAUUUUCCUCAGUUAUUACUUCCUGUACGUCGUGUCUGACCUGAAAGCCUCCAAGAUCCUCGCCUCCAGGGGGGCCGAGCUGUUUGAAGCCAAAGUGAAGAAACGUGUGGCGGCCAGACUGGAACUGGAGAAGAAAUCUGUGGAGCUACUGAAGAAACAGAUGGAAAAAAUCAAAUCAAAACAGAAAAAUCCAGCAGCUCAGGAGACAACGCCACGCCCGGUCGAGGCUGCAGCCAAGAGGGAGCCAGAAAUAAAUGUCUGGGACUCCUGUGGGUAUCGCCUCUUUGAAAGUGACAGUGAGGAAGAGGAGGGUGAGCCCGAGGAAAAAACGGUGGAAAAUCUGCCUCCGAAGAGAAAAUCUGCCUUCCAGUUAGCGUACGAGGCCUGGGUGUCCGGCUCCAAGGCGACUCUGAGGACCCACGAGAGGAACGAACUUCAGCUGAGGAGGGAAGAGAAGAGAGUCAUGAUGGAGCUGCACGAUGAGCAAAGUACAGAAAGCUGUGAGAACAUCGAGGAUGAAACUGACCGGGCCGGUCCUGACCCCGAGGAGGAACAGAAAGCGUCCAUCCCUGAGAGGAUCAUUGACCUCCUGAGGUUCAGCGUGGUCUUCCUCGGCUCCCUCAUGGACGACAUCACCUCGGGUCUGAACUCGUUCUGUAAGGACAAUCUGGACAUCUCCAAGGUCCUACGUCUGGAGAGAGCUCUUCUGGGUCAGCAACAGAACAAGGGCAGGACCGUGUCUCACGACAGCAUCCAUCAGUUUUAUCAGAACUGUCUGAUCAGACAGAGCACAGAGACGCUGCUGGAUAAAGAGAUCUUCACCCCCGACGAUUCUCCACCACCGUCACCGUCCGUCCAUCUGAGCUUUCAACAGUUACAGAGGUCCAACUCCAAACACACCUGGGAUACCAGUCCAUCCAGUUGUCAGACUGAUGAAACGGCUCUAAUGUCACGACAGGCGACUAACGGCGAUGACGAACCUCGUGUAGAGUCGCCUGAAACUGAACCCCAGUCUCAACUCUCUGCUGAGUGGAGACGCCCGACGCUACGCAAAUCAGCCAACGUGGACGAGAUCCUGUUUGAUCGAGAGGGAUUCGUGCACGAUCAUGAAGAUCCAUCUGCAGUAAAGUUACAAGAAGUGGAAGCUCACAAAACUGAAGGAACAGCAGAUAAAGAAACGGACGAGGACGAUGUAGAAGAAAGUAACGAGGAGGAAGGAACCAUUACGGCUGAGGAGCGAGAGGAUAAACAGUCCGAAAAGAAAUACGAGAGGCUCAGGUCAUCGUCCGUGAACUCUCUGGCGCUGGAGGUGAGAAGUGAGGAUGAUGAGGACGAUCCGGAACCUUGUACCCUCACUCAGGAGACCCGGGCCCUCACGGCCAGCGAACUGCUGCUGAACAACAUGUUCCAGAUCCCUGAGAUCGAGGAGUCGGAUAAGUUCUACCACUCGCUGCCGCGCCUCCUGCAGCUGAUCUUCGCCCUCUAUAACACCAUGGUGUCCCAGUCCGAGAUGCUCUGCUACUUCGUCAUCAUCCUCAACCACAUGGUGUCGGCCUCCCUGCUCACGCUCUUCCUCCCCAUCCUCAUCUUCCUCUGGGCCAUGAUGUCCGUCCCUCGGCCCACCAAGCGCUUCUGGAUGACGGCCAUCAUCUACACCGAGACGACGGUGGUGGUGAAGUACUUCUUUCAGUUCGGGUUCUUUCCCUGGACCACCUCAGUGUAUCGGGGCAUCAACGCCGACCUGCCGUUUGCUCUGCCCAACAUCGUGGGGGUGGAGAAGAAGGACGGGUACGUUCUGUUCGACCUCAUCCAGCUGCUGGCACUGUUCUUCCAUCGCUCCAUCCUCAAGUGUCACGGCCUCUGGGACAACAAGGAGGUGGAGAUGCCCGACUUCUUAAAGAAGCUGAAGAAGAAAGCCGAGAAGAGCAAGACGAGCGCGGCGGCGAGGGGAGGAGGAGGAGGAGGAGGACCUAAAAGGAGACGCCUCCCGUUCCUGCCUCUUCAGGGCUCUUCUGGUAGCCUGCACUGGAGGCACAAACGGGACGAGAGCGCCGAGGGAUACGACGUUGAGAAGUUAAAGAAACGUUCACAGAAAAAGAAGCGGCGCACCAGAGCACCACUGUCCCUGAAAGAGAGGAUCAGACAGGUGGUGCGAGAGAAGAUGCUGAAAGCUAAAGCUGCUAUAAUAGAAGUAGCUUUACACAUAUAUUUACCCAUCAGGCAGUUCUUUUAUGACAUCAUCCACCCCGAGUACAGUCCGGUGUGUGACGUCUACGCCCUGAUGUUCUUGGUGGACGUGAUAAACUUCAUCAUCAUUAUUUUUGGGUACUGGGCUUUCGGGAAACACAGCGCUGCAGCGGACAUCACCGAGUCCUUAUCAGAAGAUCAGGUUCCCGAGGCGUUCCUCGUCAUGCUCCUCAUCCAGUUCGGCACCAUGGUGGUGGACCGAGCUCUUUACCUGCGCAAGACCCUGCUGGGGAAGUGUGUUUUCCAGGUCGUCCUGGUCUUCGGGAUCCACUUUUGGAUGUUCUUCAUACUACCGGGGGUCACCGAGAGGAGGUUUAACCAGAACCAGGUUGCUCAGCUCUGGUAUUUUGUGAAGUGCAUCUACUUCGGUUUGUCGGCGUAUCAGAUCAAGUGUGGCUACCCGAACCGAGUGCUGGGAAACUUUCUCACCAAGAACUACAAUUACAUCAACCUGUUCCUGUUCCAGGGUUUCCGGAUGGUUCCGUUCCUGACGGAGCUUCGGGCCGUGAUGGACUGGGUUUGGACCGAUACGACUCUCAGCCUGUCCAGCUGGAUCUGUGUGGAGGACAUUUACGCCAACAUCUUCAUCCUCCGGUGCUGGAGAGAGUCUGAGAAGAAAUAUCCUCACGCUCUGGGGCAGAAGAAGAGCAUGCUGGUUAAAUACGGGAUGGGCGGCGUCAUUAUUUUCUUCCUCAUUUGUAUCGUCUGGUUCCCGCUGCUCUUCAUGUCGCUCGUCAAAUCGGUGGCCGGAGUCACGAACCAGCCGCUGGACGUUUCCAUCCAGCUGAGCAUCGCAGGAUACGAGCCGUUGUUCACCAUGAGCGCUCAGGAACAAAAUCUGGUCCCGUAUUCUAAGGCUUCGUUCCAGAAGAUGACGAAAGUUUACGCCACUCACCCGGCAGCGAUGCAGUUUAUCGUGAACUACAUGGCGGAGGACGUCGUCAUAGCGAAGGUGAAAAGUGACGCCAGUCUGCUGUGGACCAUCAGUCCUGCCAGCCGAGAGGCCAUGAUCCACGAACUCAGCAAUUCAUCUCACAUCUACAUCAGUGUACAGUGGAGAUUACUGAGAAACACGUCUCUGGUGAUGAACGCUGAGGCGGUGGGUGAACACACCAUCAAGUAUGAAGAUAAAGAACUAAAGAAUAAUCUGGUACAGAUGCUGAAGGGGACUCAGAGCAAACCGGUCAUCAUUGAAAAUCUGUUGCCUAAAUAUAUCAGAGGAUCUUCAGGACCGGAGUCUAAAAUGGCUCAUCGACUGAUCGUGGAGCACUCCCGUCACCCUGACGAUCAUCAUCUGACGUUUUUCCGGCCGCUGUCCAUCAAACUGCAGCAGGCCAACGAGAGCGCGGAGGGAUCAGGGUCCCAGUGGUGGGUGGUGGAGGAGUGUGCGCCAGGCCCUCCACCAAUCAGAUGCCAGAACAUCGAAUUAAUGGUUUUUAACGACAAAGUGAGUCCGUCCAGCCUCGGCUUCUUAGCUGGAUACGGCAUCGUGGGUCUGUACAUGUCGGUGGUUCUGGUCAUCGGUAAGUUCGUGCGCGAGUUCUUCAACGGGAUCUCUCGCUCCAUCAUGUUCGAGGAGCUGCCGGACGUGGACCGCGUGCUGAAGCUCUGCACCGACAUCUUUGUGGUGCGAGAGACCGGCGAGAUGGAGCUGGAGGAGCAGCUGUUCGAGAAGCUCAUCUUCUUAUACCGCUCGCCAGAGACCAUGAUCAAGAUGACCCGCGAGAAGAAAAACGACUGA